GCUCCUCUGACUGAUAAGCCACCCAAGCUUUUGUAUCCUAUGGAAAGUAAACUGACCAUUCAGGAGGCUCAGCUGGGUGACUCAGCUAAUCUAACCUGCAGAGCUUUCUUUGGGUACAGUGGAGAUGUCAGUCCUUUAAUUUAUUGGAUGAAAGGAGAAAAGUUUAUUGAAGAUCUGGAUGAAAAUCGAGUUUGGGAAAGUGACAUUAGAAUUCUCAAGGAGCAUCUUGGGGAACAGGAAGUUUCCAUCUCAUUAAUUGUGGAUUCUGUACAAGAAGGUGACUUGGGAAAUUACUCUUGUUAUGUUGAAAAUGGAAAUGGACGUCGGCAUGCCAGCAUUCUCCUUCACAAACGGGAGCUGAUGUACACAGUUGAACUUGCUGGAGGGCUUGGUGCUAUCCUGCUGCUGCUUAUUUGUUUGGUGACCGUCUACAAGUGCUACAAAAUAGAGAUCAUGCUCUUCUACAGGAAUCACUUUGGAGCUGAGGAGCUGGAUGGAGACAAUAAAGAUUAUGAUGCAUACUUGUCCUAUACCAAAGUGGAUCCUGACCAGUGGAAUCAAGAGACGGGGGAAGAAGAACGCUUUGCUCUUGAAAUCCUACCUGAUAUGCUUGAGAAGCACUAUGGAUAUAAGUUGUUUAUACCAGACAGAGAUUUAAUUCCAACUGGAACAUACAUUGAAGAUGUAGCAAGGUGUGUAGAUCAAAGCAAGCGGCUGAUUAUUGUCAUGACCCCAAAUUACGUAGUCAGAAGGGGCUGGAGCAUCUUUGAGCUGGAGACCAGACUUCGAAACAUGCUUGUGACUGGAGAAAUUAAAGUGAUACUAAUUGAAUGCAGCGAACUGCGCGGAAUUAUGAACUACCAGGAGGUGGAGGCCCUCAAGCACACCAUCAAGCUCCUGACGGUUAUUAAAUGGCAUGGACCAAAAUGCAACAAGUUGAACUCUAAGUUCUGGAAACGUUUACAAUAUGAAAUGCCUUUUAAGAGGAUAGAGCCCAUUACACAUGAGCAGGCUUUAGAUGUUAGUGAGCAGGGGCCUUUUGGGGAGCUGCAGACUGUCUCAGCCAUUUCCAUGGCUGCAGCCACCUCCACAGCUCUAGCCACUGCCCAUCCAGAUCUCCGUUCCACCUUUCACAACACGUACCAUUCACAAAUGCGUCAGAAACACUACUACCGAAGCUAUGAGUAUGAUGUACCUCCUACUGGCACCCUGCCUCUUACCUCCAUAGGAAAUCAGCAUACCUAUUGUAACAUCCCUAUGACACUCAUCAAUGGGCAGCGGCCGCAGACAAAAUCCAGCAGGGAGCAGAAUCCAGACGAGGCCCACACAAACAGUGCCAUCCUGCCACUGUUGCCAAGGGAGACCAGUAUAUCCAGUGUGAUUUGGUGACAGAAAAGCGAGGGGCAUCCUGUCCCUGGGAGCUUGAGUAGAGUCUGCAGUCCAGUGCCUGGAACUAAAUCCUCGACUGCUGCUGUUAAAAACAUGCAUUACAAUCUCUAGAACACGAGGAAAAACAGGGUCUUGUACAUAUGUUUUUUCCAGUUUCUUUGUAGCAUCAGUGUCUUGUUGUUUUACCACGUCUCUUACUCAUGACAUUUUUGACUUUGUUUUAUACGUCACUGGAAUUUGUAAAUUGACAUUUUUUUAAAGAAGAGACUUAUGUAUAGAUAGACAACCCUUUUUUGCUUCAUUAGUUUAGUUUUAGAAUUGGGUUUUAUUUCCUUUUCUUGAUUUUGUUUUGCUUUUAACAUUUCCUUGGGGUGCUUGGACAAAUCCAUCUGAUGGGACAAGGAGCACCGGAUCCUCUCUUAGGUUCUACCUAGGAUCAGCAGGGCCAUGUGGGCCUUCAGAGAGCAGUGCAUCGAAUGCCAACAUUGCCAUUUGAGGGGAGAAAAAUAAAGAAGAGAACACUUGCUCAUAGGAUGGCCCCGCCAAUCAGAGCCCUGAAUCUUUUCCUUGUCCCACCUCAUCCCCCACCGCUACCCUUCUAAUGGCGGCAUGAUGUGUACAUUCUGAGGAAGGGUGGGGGCGGGUCUAACUGUCUUAACAUUUACUUCACUGCUGGUCAGAAUACACUCCAGACCCAAAAGUGUGCUAGUCACCUAACAGUGACCACUACAGCGUGCUAAGAAGAGAAGAUCAAGGGCAUGAAAAUGGGGGAAAGAGUGUUGUUUCUGUUUUUUAAAUGAGUUGAUGUACCCUUAUAUAAAUAUAUAUAUAAAUAUAAAUAUACAACAAAACAAACAAACAAAAAACAAAAACAAAAAACAAAAAACAAAACAAAACCCAAAAAAAAGAGUAAGCCCUAUAUUUGAUCACUUCCUGGAAAGGCAUGAAUGUGUUUGUGGCUGUUUUUGUUUGAUAUUCUACUUCCUCUUUUCCCUCUGUAUUUUUUUCUGCAAAUGAGAUUAUGUGCAAAUGCCUGGCAAGUUAACUCAAAAGGGUGAAUCAAACACAAGUCAAAAUGAAAUUUACAUUGAAGGCUUCCAAACCAAAGGGAAGAACAGGAUGUGUCAUCAAAUAUGUUUUUGUCACCUUGUAUUAUACAAAAUGUUAUUUUCUAAAGAGUCAGAACAAAUCUGUGAAACUUAUUAUGGGGUUCCCUUGUAUUAAAUGUUAACUCACUGUAUUUAAUUUUCAAUGCUACAUUCAGAAUCCAGUGUUUGGUUUCACUUUGUGAACAUAAGUAACACUUAUUAAUAUCCAAGUGUUUAAAUAAGAACUCAGGAGGUCAUGCAUAUGAAUACCUAGAGAAAUCAGUAUUUUCAAAAUAAACAUUAUUUACACAAAGUGGUUUUUAAAUUAGGUAAGAACGUGUUUAAAAUAAUUUUAUUGUAUAAAAAAUAGUUUCAUUUUAACUGUAUAAUUCUCUUUCAGAAACAUAAAGCUGAUGCUCCCAGGAAAUCCCUCCCUACUGUGUAGCUUUAUGUUUGAAAUCAGUAACAUAAGCAGCUAAUAUAUAUUUAUGUUGAAGAUAAUGCAAAACCUGUCAUACUGGAACUUGCAGAGGGCAGAAUUGUUAAAGGGAAAUAUUACCUAUGUAGCUUUUAGUUUAAAAACAAUCAAUGUGAUGAAAAUACUGAUAAUAGAACUUUUACAUUAUUUAGUGAUCCAUCGUAGGAACUUCCAUUCUAGUCAUUGUCUGUGGGCUGGUGUAGUGACUAUUGUAUGUUUGGUUUGUUCCUACCACCAUAUAAUAAGAAAACAAGUCUACAGUUUUGGUCACUAUUCUAACGUGUGAGUUGGCCACA